AUGCCGCCUAAAGGUAAAUCCUCUCGAGGCCGCGGAGGUGGCGCUACCACCAGAAGAGUGGCCGCCGGAGGAGGCCAAACCAGCAGACAAGAAGCCGCCGGAGGUGGCGCAAACACCAGACAAGUAGCCGCCGGAGGUGGCCAGGCGCUACCACAAGAAGCUGCAGGAGGAGGCGAGACCAGCAGACCAGUAGCCUCUCGAGCUCGAGCCAAAACUUCGUUGGUCACAGACCACCAGUCACUGCGAGUGGAGUCGGAACAUCUUCUCACUCGUCGAACCCAUCCUCGGCAGACUCCUCCUCUCAAUAGACAGACUCCUCCUCUCAAUAGACAGACUCCUCCUCCUCAGCCGCAGCAUCAACCACAGUCUCCUCAAACCCAGCCUCUACCGGAACCUGAUGCGAAUCACCAAGUGCUACCUGAAAACGAAGACCUUGUAGAGGAAGAGAUCGAUGAUGUAGGACAAGAAGAUAACGAAGAAAACCCUAAUCCUGGGGAAGACUACCAAGAUAUGCUGGAUCGUUUGCUAGCUCUUCCAGGCUGA